AUGGCCGCUGCGAGAUCAGUGCGCGAGAGUACAACAAUCUCCGAAUCUCAACCGGAAGCUGAAGCCGACGCCGAGUCCCAAAGUAGCGAUGAGGACGUUAGCCGUUCGACAAACGGCUUCUGCAGGAAAUGCAACUCCAACAUCGGCGAGUUCUACAAUGGCUGGAUCAAGAUUACGAACACAUAUUAUCUGCCAGCGCUUGUUGGAUCCUACAGCGCGCCAGGCCUGCAGCUGACGCCGAAAGCCAAAGUCGCGCUGAUUGGCAGCGAGUUCGAAGGAUGCACUCUCCAGGCCCUGAACUGUCGGCUUUGCACCGAGAACACGACUUUAGGUAUCCUGUGCACUCAGGCGCCCGAGGAGAAGGCCUUUUUCGAAGGUCGAGAGUUCUUCAAGCUGCCGCGGUUAGAGCUCCGAAGCGAAGCUUCUGGCAAAGUCGUUCGAGAAAUACUGGAGCCCGCUCGCCCAGAGUUCCAAUUAAAGCGUUCGAGAUCGACCACUGCAGAAAUGGACGUUGAUGGUCAGCCUCGACCACCGGAGCCCGUCAACCAGCCGGCCAAAUCGUCCGGCAGCUUCCACCAGCCCAACCCGUCUGCCACCCCUCUAUCAAAUACUUCGCCGCAACCACCCUCAAGCACUGUCCCUACACAAUCCACGCAUACGCUGCAAAACUCCGCAAACGCCGACCCGCAAAUUAGCUUGCCUGGGAGCACAGGCGAAGCAAGUGCCCGCCCAAGCGAGCAUACGCUCCGGUUGCGAAGCCCAAUUGGUCAAGUCACGAACAAUUUUCGACACUAUGUAUCCGAAGAACAACGUCGCCUCGACUCUGUCGCGCGAUUGCAAACCGAAAUUAGCCAAAACGCAGCCGCGUUAGCAAGCCAGCAGCAACAUGUAGCUGCAUGGGAAGAGGCCUUCGGCAGGUUACAGAUGGAAAUGGGCGGGUUAGCCGCGCUGGUGGAUACUAUGCGGAGGGAAUUACUGGCGCGGCCCAUUGCGCAAAUCGCACCGACACCACCGCCGCCCCCACCGCCUGUAAAGGUUGAUGAGACGCUCGAGAUCUUCUCUGCCACGCUAUCGAACGUCGCUGCCAAAGUAACCGAGGUGGAUGCACUGAAGAUGCAGCUGGAGAUUAUGAAGCGCAAGAUCCAGCGUAUCGAGGAGGGGAGUGUCGGGCCCGGAUCUGCCGCUGCGUCGUUUCAUUCGCCCAGAGAGCCGCCGUUUCACGCUCUACCACACCUUCCCCAGCCCCCUAAUCACAUUCGUCGAGUAUCAACCCCUAUGCGGAACGAGAUCCAAAUGCAAUCCUCUCAUCAACCUACGGAGUCAUCCUUUCGGCCCUUAUUAACUUCGGACGUGUCUCACCAAACACCACAACCUCAAGCCCCCAGCAGUGGAUGGACUUCAGUGAAUUCCAGCCAUAAACGCGGCCCCUCACACGGACCAGAUGGCCACGUAGAACCAGGAAGCCGAAUCGGCUCGCCAAAACGCCCCAAACUCGCACCCUUGGAGCCACAGCUACAUACCUCGCGCCCCCAGAGCUACGAUACCGCCGCCGGGUCCCCCAUCGUGUACAACACGAUGGAAACAAACGAAAGCGGCUCGCGCUACGUCCCAACCCCCAGCGACGCCCGACACGACUCCAACUCCACCGCUCCAGUUUCCACGACCUUCAUCCCCUACGACUCAACCGCCACAACCGCCGACCGCAACCCCGACGACAGCUGGCGCCCCGCCCCCGAACGCGCCCCGCACCAGGGCCCGUCGCCCAAACGCGGCCGCGGCGGCCGACGCGGUGGCCGCCCGCGCCAGAGCCUGCCCCCCCAGCUCGGGACCCCCGAAUGGGAAAAGCCCGACUGGACCGGCUCCCAGAUCGUCAACGGGUACUACGCCCCGCACACGCCCGGGGGCAGUCGGCGCGGGGGUCCCGUGCGGCGCGGCUCCGGCGGUGCGCGGCAUCCCGAGACGCCCGCGCGGCCGUCGUCGUCGUCCGGACCGCCGUCCAGUUCCGCGGCGCCGGGGGAUCCGUACAGCCACACGAAGCGGACGCGCACGAAGCCGGUGCGGAACGCGGAGGGGAUUCUGAUCCGCAAGGACGGGCGGCCGGACAUGCGGAGCCAGUCGUCGGCGGCGAAUCUGCGGAAGGUGCAUGCGAGGAAGGAGGCCGAGAAGGCGGAGGCCGAGGGCGGGCACGGCCAGAGCCACACCCAGCACGCCCACCAACAUCCCCAUCACCACACGCCGACCUCGGCGCUCGCCAACGCGCCCGUGCUCUCCCGCGACGGCCUCGAAACCCCCUCCCCCGGCAGCUCGGCCGAGCCCCGCGAGCAGAGCACCCAGGAGCGCCACGCCGAGAUCCUGAGCAAGAUCUUCCCGCGCGGCAUCGAGAGCAGCGGCGGGGCGUACGACGCGGCGAGCUUCUUCCCGGGCAGCUCGCCCGUCCGGAGGGGCGCGAAAGCCAAGACGGAGAGGGUCAAGUUUAGGGAGGAGGCCGUGGGUGCCGCGAGGGAGGGGGAGAGGGCUGGUGGGGAGCAUGGCGAGCAUGGCGAUGUGGAGGCCGGGAUGAGUCCUGCGAGUAGUUUGACGGGGACUGAGAGUGGGGGUGCGGCGGGCUCGCCGGUGGAUGGGGAUGUUAGGAUGGAGGAGCCGCCGGAGGGGCGGACGCAGGAGGAGCCGCAGGGGACGCAGUUGCCGGGGUUUGGGGGGGAGGAGUAG